GCCAAGAAUCUGAUCCAGUGUCUGUGCGGUGGAUGAAGAGAGAUUUAUUGUUUAAAUCAUGGCGACACGUGCGUUGUUAGUGCUGAUGCUGUCACCUGUGUGUGUAAUCGGACAAUAUAUUUCAUGCCCUCAUGGCUGUGAGUGUUCCCAGUGGAAAGCCUUCUCUGUCUCAUGCAUGGACGUAGAUGUUAUUCCCACUUUUCCCGCAAAGACAGAAGUAUUAAGCCUCCAUGAGACAAGACUGACCACAGUUCCCCAAGAUGUCUUUGUAAAUAUGGUCAAUAUCUCAAGAAUCUAUAUGUCCGUGGAUAUCUCUCUGAGCAGGUUAGAAAAGCAUUCCUUUUACAACCUGAAGAAGAUCACUCACAUAGAAAUCAGGAACACGAGAAAUCUGACAUUCAUCCAUCCAGAGGCUUUCAAGAAUCUCCCUAACUUACAGUAUUUAGGCUUAUUCAACACGGCCCUCACCAACUUCCCUGACCUGACCAACAUCCAGUCUGAUGUCUCGUACUUUCUGCUAGAAAUUAGUGAUAAUCCCUACAUUGCUGAAAUUCCAGCUAACGCUUUCCUCGGCAUUACCAAUGACAUGCUGACAGUGAGGCUGUACAGUAAUGGCUUUACGAAAAUCCAACAUCAUGCUUUCAACGGGACAAUGCUGGACUCAGUGUACCUUCACAGAAAUAAGAAACUUACGGUGCUGGAUGAGAGAAUGUUUGCUGGGAGCAGCAGUGGGCCAAUGCUCCUUGAUGUUUCAGAAUCAGCCAUCACCUCCCUCCCAACCAGAGGCUUAGAGUUGCUUCGGGAACUCAGUGCUCGGAAUGUCUGGACUCUCAAGAAACUACCACCAAUCAAGACCUUCAGACACCUGAUUACAGCAGACCUGACCUAUCCCAGCCACUGCUGCGCAUUCAAGAACUUGAAGAAAAAAAGAGGGUACUUGGAGGACAUCAUUUGUAACCUGACUGCCAGGUAUGAUCAAAUUCAGAAGAGAUCUGUGGGCACUUUGACAGUUCCUGGUCUGCACAGCAGUAUGGAACCCGGUAUCGACUCUGGCGAUACCCUCUUCAGAGACACCUAUGACCACCAGGACUUUUAUAGCAACCUGCAUUACCACACCUACUUUGGUGGGCACCCAGAUGAUGAUGUGGGCUUUGGGGAGACACUGAAGAACCCCCAGGAAGACACCAGCCAUGAGUUCGACAGUCGCUACGACUACAUUGUAUGUGAGGAGGGAGAGGAGGUGGCCUGUUUUCCCGCUCCAGACGAGUUCAACCCUUGCGAGGACAUCAUGGGUUUCAGCUUUCUGAGAGUGUUGGUGUGGUUUGUUAGCUUGUUGGCUAUAUUGGGGAACCUAAUUGUACUGUUGGUGCUGCUCACCAGCCACUACAAACUGUCAGUCUCGCGCUUUUUAAUGUGCCACCUGGCCUUUGCUGACCUGUGCAUGGGCAUUUACUUGCUGCUCAUCGCUUCCGUGGACCUUCACACACUUUCAGAAUACUACAAUCAUGCUAUUGAUUGGCAGACAGGUCCAGGAUGCAGCCUAGCUGGGUUCUUCUCAGUCUUUGCUAGUGAGUUGUCGGUGUAUACACUGACCACUAUUACUCUGGAGCGCUGGUAUGCCAUCACCUUUGCCAUGCGGCUGGAUCGUAAGUUGCGCCUAUCCCAUGCCUCCGCCAUCAUGUUAUUGGGCUGGAUCUUCUGCCUACUAUUGGCCUUCAUGCCUCUUGUUGGUGUGAGCAGCUACCAGAAGGUCAGCAUUUGUUUGCCCAUGGACACCCAGACACUUGUAGACCAGAUCUACAUCCUCUUUGUACUUGUUCUCAACAUUUUGGCUUUUGUUGUAAUUUGUGCCUGUUAUUUCAAAAUCUAUUGUGCAGUCCACAAUCCCAGCCAUCAGUCUGUCAACCAAGACACCAACAUUGCCAAGCGGAUGGCUGUGCUCAUCUUUACUGACUUCCUCUGCAUGGCACCCAUAUCGUUGUAUGCCAUGACUGCUGCGUUGGACCACCCGCUCAUCACCGUUUCCAACUCCAAGAUCCUGUUGGUGCUCUUUUACCCACUGAACUCCUGUGCCAACCCUUUUCUCUACGCCAUCUUCACUAAAUCCUUCCAAGGAGACGUCUUUAUCCUGCUCAGCAAGGUGGGGCUCUGUCAACGACAGGCUCAGCUGUUCCGUGGUCAGACGGUAUCCUCUAAGGCAAGCAGCAGAGGAAUCACAAGGCGUGAGAUGGAGCAAAUGAAAGCAAAGGAACCCCCUAUUUCACUGCUGGAUUAUCCUGGCAAUCCACCAGCCACUCAACAGCAGGAGGACAGUGAUGAUAAAGAAACGUGAACCCUAUGUGAAUCAAGGCCACAAUAACUGGAAUGUAGACAUCCAACAGGGUUGGAGUCAAUUAGACUGCAAUGCAGCAAAGAAAAGACACAAACCAUAUUCAUUACUUGAAAGAUCUGCAUUGCAAUGGAUGGAUCCAUUUUUAGUUUAAUAAAUUCAGUUUAUAUCUUGAAUUGUUAAUGGUGAAAUCACAAAACAUCUUUACACAUUAUUCCUUAAAAAUAUUAAAAAUAAUUAUGAAAACACAUUGAAAGUUUAAAUUAAAUUAUUUAAAGGCAAUGUAGUUUUAUUAAUGUUAAAAUACUUUCUCCUAUCUUAAUAUGCAAAGACAAAUUAAAGUAAGCCAGUCCUAUGUUGAUUCCCCAAAAAGUGUAAAAAUUGCUGUUUGAACAGCGAGAUAUUUCAGCAUUGGUUCAACCAAUGGCGUGAGUAUCUGUUUGUCUGACCAAUGGAAGAUGGGGAAGUGUUUGUGAAACCUGUUUAAAAAGUAAUUAAUUUCGCAAUUCUGUUUGGUUAUGUAACUAGGACUAAGAUGGUGUCUACAAUUUUAGGCCGAUAUGGAUUUAAAUGUUUUACAUUUAUUAUUUUAU